GCGGCCGCGGGAACCGGGACGCCGUCGUUUUUAUCCGGAGAGAAAAGGCGGCGUUUUCGGGCUUGGCUGACUGAGCUGGAGCGGGUGUCCGGCGCCGGCAUGGAGGACCCCCAGAGCGAUGAUCCCAGCAGCCAGGCCGUGGGUCCCGCCGGACCGCGACCGGAGAGCGGGCAAGAGCCGCCGCCUCGGAGCCUGGAGAAAAAGCAACGAAGUAGAUUUGAUGGCCAAGAAACAAAAGAAUCUAAGAUCAUUACCUCCAGUGCAAGUGAUUUCAGUGACCCAGUUUACAAAGAAAUUGCUAUUACGAAUGGUUGUAUUAAUAGAAUGAGUAAGGAAGAACUCAGAGCUAAACUUUCAGAAUUCAAGCUUGAAACAAGAGGCGUAAAGGAUGUGCUAAAGAAGAGACUGAAAAGCUACUACAAGAAGCAGAAGCUAAUGUUGAAAGAGAGCAACUGUGCCGACAGUUACUAUGACUACAUCUGUAUUAUUGACUUUGAAGCCACUUGUGAAGAGGGUAACCCAUCUGAGUUCAUACAUGAGAUCAUUGAAUUUCCUGUUGUUUUACUGAACACUCAGACCUUAGAAAUCGAAGAUACGUUUCAACAGUAUGUGAGACCAGAGGUGAACACACAGCUUUCUGAUUUCUGCAUCAGUCUUACUGGAAUUACACAGGAUCAAGUAGACAAAGCUGACACUUUCCCUCAGGUACUAAGAAAAGUAAUUGACUGGAUGAAAUCAAAGGAAUUAGGAACAAAGUAUAAAUACUGCAUUUUAACAGAUGGUUCAUGGGAUAUGAGUAAGUUCUUGAACAUUCAGUGCCAACUCAGCAGGAUGAAAUACCCUCCUUUUGCUAAAAAGUGGAUCAAUAUUCGAAAGUCAUAUGGAAACUUCUACAAGGUUCCUAGAAGCCAAACAAAACUGACAAUGAUGCUUGAAAAAUUAGGAAUGGAUUAUGACGGGAGGCCUCACAGUGGUCUUGAUGACUCUAAGAACAUCGCUCGAAUAGCAGUUCGAAUGCUUCAGGAUGGAUGUGAACUGCGAAUCAAUGAGAAAAUGCAUGCAGGACAGCUAAUGAGUGUGUCCUCUUCCUUACCCAUAGAGGGCGCUCCAGCUCCACAAAUGCCACAUUCUAGAAAGUAGCAGCAUUUCUGUGACUUGUUCUCAUCUGAGCUGCUGCAAAGGUGGCAGAUGACCACUCGUUGACUCUGUCCUACAGUGCAAACUUCAAGCACUUUAAACAUUUAUAAUCUUGUUGCAGUUGUAGAGAGCUAUAGUUGUGUACGUAUGUGAAGAAAUUUUGUGAGCAGGCAUAUUGAAUUGUCACCAGCACUUUUAAUAUAAGCAGAAACAGUAACAGUUUCUGCUUAGAACUGUAUUGCACAUUUUAAGGUGUCCAAGAUGUGUCCCUUUUGGUUUUAAAAUGUGUAAGUUAAAGGCUCAUCACUUAAAUGUUAUAAUCUUACUGAUGUCAAAAUACAGGACAGAUUUCUACAUUAGUGUCAUUAAAUUAGUUUCUUAAAAUGUGUAAAAGAUAGGAAGGUAGGACUUUUCUGAUCUUUGGAUUCUGAGAAUAUCAUAGUCUUUUUGAUUUUUGAAUUUUACAUUGGAAGCUCAAUUACAGGUGACUUUUAUUGUCCUGAAGAGACCUGGUCCCAGGACUUCCUGUGGAUUCUGCGGUCUGAGGGUGCUCAGGUGCUUGAUAUCAGUGGAAUAAUAUUUGCAUAUGAAUAUAUCCUAUACAAUCUUGUACAUUUUGAGUUAUCCCUGUAUUACUUACAGUGUCUGAAACAAUGAAAUGCUGUGCAAGUAGUUGUUAAUACUAUAUUGUUUAGGAAAUAAUGGCAAGAAAAAAGUCGUAUGUUCUGUGCAAGGGUGACUGUGACAAGCCUGACCGCAUACCGCGCAAACUGGUUGAACUCGAUGUGAGCCAAGAAGUGUUUAAUUCAGUACUGGAAGGAAACUGAGAAUCCUGUGGGAUGGUUGGGGGGCUGUGGCAGGUACUGGUGUUCUGUGUGCGUUGGUUGGGUACUUAAUGUGUAGCAAAUUCAAGUUGUGCUUUCUGGAUUCCCCUUUCUCCUCCCCAUCCUCAGAUGGUUGAAUCCCUGGGCAUGUGAAGCCUGCAGGCCAACUGUAGAUGUGAUGAAUUUCUUCAAACCCAUAGUAUAUAGAUCUGCCAGCAAUUAGAAGACCUGUGAUAGCUUAGGUGAUGUUAAUGCUAUUGAAUGCUAUUGUUACCAGGAGAGUAAUACAUAGUCAGAAGGAAGUGCUGUUAAUAGGACUAUCAUGAAUUCUGUAGGCCACAUUUGGCUGUGCAGAAAGAAACCAGUGGAGUAUAUUUUUGUUUUUAAACUUGAUUUCUUAGUUCCACCCCUUAUGACAUAUCUUCCCACAUGUUUUAAGAGACUCUGCUAUGUUUUGUAAAAAACUAAACAUCACCACUUAAUUUUACGUUUGUAUUCAGUAUUAUGAGUAGGGUUAAUAAAGUCAAUUAGUGCUUUCUUUUCUAUCUUAUGUUUUAAUUAAAAACUACAUUGGCUGCUAGUGGAUUUACACAGUGAUACUUGUCUGAUUUUACGUAGUGUGUAACCCACACAAUUGGAGAAAAUUUUAGCUGGUAUUAAAAACCAAGUGUGCUUUUGGAGUUGAUCAUUUUUUUAUAGAAGACAAAUAUUUCCUCUUGUAUCAUUUAUCUAACAAUUUCAUUGGCAUUGCUUGUUCCUUUAUGGUGCUUCUUUAUUUUAGUGGUUUAUAUAGUAUCGAGUGAAUUUCCUAAACCUUUGCCAACCCUGAUGCAGAGGAGAGUUGUAGACAUUUUUUUUUGCCAUGAAACUUCUCUACCUUGGGCUUUAGAAACCCCUGAGUUUCCGCCUUUGAGCACUAGUUGUCUAGUGAGGUAGUACAGAAUAACAUAGGUAAGAAGAGGUAUCAGGUGCAUGAUGCGCUCAGACAAACUGCUAUGGCUGUAUGUAGUAAGAGCCAGCCUGGGUUUUGAGACUUAGGUGGUAAACUCCUGGAGUCGAGAGGACUGUUUGAGAUGUUGAUCUAUGUACCAUAGAUUGCACAUAAAAUGUAUGGUGAAAUAUUAGUGGAAAAUUUCCUGGAAAGCCUUACUGUGUCAGGACAAAGAACUAGAAAAUAGGCAGU